AGGGAGUUUGGCGGUCAGGUGACUGACUUCAGUCUGGAGAGCAGCAGCCGGUCGGUCAGGCGCAGUAUGGCGAGCGCUCGGCUCCGCUACAGCGGGAAGGUGACGGUGGUGACCGGCGGGUCGAGGGGCAUCGGGAGAGGAGUCGUUAAAGUUUUCGUGCAGAAUGGGGCCAAAGUUGUUUUCUGCGCCAAUGAAGCUGGCGCAGGUAAAGCUCUGGAGGCGGAGCUGAAUGAAGUGGGUCCAGGCAGCUGCCUCUUCGUGUUGUGUGACAUGGCGAAGGAAGAGGACAUCAAGAGACUGAUCACAGUGACCGUCGAGCAGUUCGGACAGAUAGACUGUUUGGUCAAUAACGUUGGAUGGCAUCCCCCUCAUAAACCCACGGAUGAGACCACCACAGAGGAGUUCAAAGACUUACUCAACCUCAAUCUGAUCAGCUACUUUCUCGCAUCUAAGUUUGCUCUCCCCUACCUGCGCCAAACGCAAGGCAACAUCAUCAACGUUGCCAGCCUGGUGGCUUCUAUUGGUCAGAAGCAUGCAGCUCCCUACGUGGCCACGAAGGGGGCCAUUGUUUCCAUGACCAAAGCCAUGGCUGUUGACGAGAGCCGCUACAACGUGAGAGUGAACUGCAUAUCUCCUGGAAACGUGAUGACCCCUCUGUGGGAGGAGCUCGCAGGACAAACACCUGAUGCUCUGGCCACUAUUAAAGAAGGAGAGAACGCACAGCUGAUGGGUCGGAUGGGGACUGAAGAGGAGAGCGGGCUGAUGGCUCUUUUCCUCGCUGCCGACGCUACGUUCUGCACCGGGAUCGACCUGCUCCUGAGCGGCGGAGCUGAGCUGAACUACGCCUUCAAAAGACAAGUUCCCUGAACGACCUGCUCUUAUUGUUGCCACGGUUGAGCAGAUUAACUCUGUCCAAAAACUAACGUUGCUAUCAGUGAAUGGAAGCACAGUGAAAGAAUCUAGUUAUGAUUAUGGAAAUUAGGUAUGCAAAUCACUACCUGCUGCUUUCUAUUCACUGUUAGCAGCAGCACUGGUAGCAUGUAGGGUCGCACUAAUCCUUUAACCUGCCUUUCAGUCAGUCAGUUAAUCUACUUAUUUAUCUUGCUUAAAUCUUACUUAUGUGCCUUAAGUGUUGACCUCUUAAAGAAGGGAAUUUCUUUAUAACAGAUGAUUUUUCUGUUAUUAAAGGGGCAUUCUGGCCUUAAAAUCCGCAUUUAAUGGUGUUUGUAGUGGCAUGGGGUGCGUUAUAUUUUUAAUUUUGAUCUUAUUUCCCUUUAAGUAACAACCGAAACACCAUUAAUGAUGGAUAUGUGUGUUUAGCUGCUUUUCAAAACUACUUGAAAAACGUAUUUUUUGAAUUUCACUGAGUUGCGUGAUCAGAAUGAGUCUUAAUUUUUUACUAAUGUUCAUGUACAUUCCUGAUUUUAAGGAUUUUUAGGAAGUGCCAGGACAGGAUCUCAUCCAGAACUCUGCUUUAAAGUCAGCUUCCUGUUCACCAGCUUCUUGCUUGAAUUUUCCCGUUCCACCUUUUGCAACAUUGAUUUUGUCAUCAAUAUUCAUUUUGACUCGUUUCAUCACUUUUCACUGAUGUUAGCAAAAGGGAUUUCUGUGACAGUGGACAUUUAGGCCCAGUCCUGUUUCUUAUUUUUACCCCUACCCCUUUAGUUACAUUUAGGGUAUCAUGUCCCUUUAAAGAGCGGGGGGCAAUUAUUUAUUAUCACCCACCACUAAUUCAUCAGUGAUAUGAAGUUGAAGUCAGAUAUUCUCCAGCUUCUUGUUUGAAUUUUCCUGUUCCACCUUAAACGGUGCAGCGUUUCUGACACCUGACACACCAGAAUGUAACUGCUGCUCCGUUUAAGGUGGAAUGGGAAAUUUAGCUACUAAGAUAUCAGCAUAAUUCUAGUGUUUUUUUAUACUUGUUAUGAAGAAAAGGAGCAUAAUACACUGAAACAUUAAACUAAGAUAAGUUAAUACAAUGGUUAUCAUAUUUUUUAACAGAGAAAAUUCCACUUGUGCAGCCACCUUGCUGUUUAUCCUUUUUUUUUCCUCAUAACCCUCUGGAGUGAGUCUAUGAAAAACCUCUGUUUGGAGGGCCAUGUAGACCUAAUAGUUCACCCUCCCCCUCUAUCUAAACAAGAAUCAGGACCCCCUACCCCUAAUCAUGAAUGCACAAAACGGAGGGUUAAGGGCUAAGUGGUAAUGGGAUUGGGCCUGAAUGGGUGAUGAUGUCCCACUGCAUUAACUGAGAAAAUGCAUUACGAAAUAAUCAACCAAUUCUGUGUCAAAUCAUCCAAUUAAAUCUGUUCUUUUUUUUUCUCCA